AUGCCGGUAGAGCUUCCAGGGUUCUAUUUUGAUCCCGAAAAAGGCAAGUACUUCAAGAUAGAAGACAACAAAACGGCGCCAACGGCACGCUACACAUCUAACGACGUAAAGCGGCGUCGUCUGCUCGAGGAGAAGAAGCGUGUAGAAGAGGAGAAGGAAAAGAGGCUGCUUGCGUUCCCUCGAAAACUAAAGCGAGCAAAGAUCCUGGAAGACCCUUUUCUGGGAGGGUUCCUGGAAAGAGAGACAACCCAGUAUAGGCCGGUGGUUCACAAUGGCGGAGAUGACGAUACGGUGAUAAAGUCAUGGGCCAGGGGGUUAACUGACAAGGGAAAGGUCGAUCUUUGGCCGGACCUGAUUCAAAACGGGAUCAUGAUUGGAACCAUUUCUCACUUGUGGGUGGGAGGUUCGGACUCGAGGACAGGGUUGGGGGUUACUUAUGCAGCAGCGGUUGACGACGACUCCUUGACGAGCUCGUACAUCCCGAGGGAUGGUGCUGAUGAGGUCAACUUUGCGUACGCAAAUGUCAGAUACAGACGGACUGACUUUAUGCCAAUGCCGGAAACAAUUACCAUCCCUCAGCUCUCUUCACUCAGAUUCCAUGAGCCAUCCGGCAGGAUGUUUCUCACAUCUAGGAUGCCGACGCGCACUCCCUCCAUCGCUUGGUUCUCUCCAAGCCAAUCCGAACCUCCCAUAGAAGAAGAGGAGCGGCCGACGUGGCAGCUAGGCAACUCCCCCAACCUAAUCAAAAUUUCCGCGCCUACCCCCAAGGGCACCAAAUACGGUGUCAUCAAUACCUCCUGCCCAGCACCCUCCUGCUCCCGCCUCACCUGCAUCGCUGGCGGUGACGUCGGCCUCUUGCAACUCACCAACGACUCCCGCCUAAGCUGGCUCACCACGCCUCCACCACCUUCCUCCUCCUUCAAGGCCAACCAUGACUCCCCCCCACCCAUGGCCAAGCACGGUGAAGUCCUCAGCCUCGAUUUUUUGACAGUCAACCCGGCCGAAGUGAUCCUCGUCGGCGGACGCACCGGCCGCGUGUGCGUGCUGGAUAUGCGUGUGCCCGAUGAGGAAUGGGGCUGGAUUAAGCACCCCAGUAGCGCGGCGCACGUCCGCUCCGUUGGGAGUCAUGGGGUGUUGGUGGCGGGUCCCAUGAGCGCCAUGCGUCUCUAUGAUAUUCGGUGGUGUAAGACCGAAAAGGGCAGCACCAUCAGUGAUGGCGGUGACGGUACUGCUAGCAUUGAUACAGUCAUGGGUUGGCAACCCUCGCGAUCGGCAGCUCCUGGCAGCAGCAGCAGCAGCAGCAGCAGAAACAGAAAACCCUACCACAAUCAAAGACCACAACAACACCGACCCAAAACUAGAACCAGAAAACCACCCCCCUUCAACCCCCUAACCAUGUCCACGCCCACUACCCCGAUUCUCACCUUCCCCUCCUAUCGCAACGCCGAAAACAUCCACAUCGGCUUCGACGUGCUCUCCGCCCCGCACUACACGGCAUACAACCUCGCAGCCGCGGCUCACGACGACGGCACAGUGGGAUUAUACUCUUUGCUUGAUGGCUCGCGCGUGCCGAGCAAGACUAUCGAUAGGAUUGGCUUUGCUUCGGGCUUCGGUGUUGGUGACCUGGACCAGGAUGAUGAUGAUGAUGAUGAUGAUGACGUAGAUGCAGGACCAAAUGAUGCUUUCAGCAGGGGAAACGUGAUCAAGAGUCUAAUGUUCCAGACGUUACCAGGGGAUCGGCAUCCGAGCUUGUUUGUGGGCGAGGGGCCGAGGAUUAAAAAAUACUCGUUUGGGGUGGAAACUAGUAAGGGGAGGAGGAACAAGAAUAGGACGGCGAGGGUGGAGGAAGGGUAUGGCUGUGAAGAGGAGUUUUGA